AUGUCAGCAACACCAUUAGAAUCACUUGAUGAGCAUAGUGAAGAAGAUGAUGAGAGCAACAAUGAUGGUGACAAUGAUUAUAACGAUAAAGGUGAUGAUAAUUUUAAUAAUGAGUAUGAACAUAAUGUUGAUCUCGAUGAAAAUGAAGAUGAUCAAACUGACCAAGACAAUGUCAAUCAUGGUAAUACCGAAUUCAGAGAUCUCACUGAUAACAAAAAGCCGUAUUACUUGGCAAAAAUUUACCCCAUUAUAUGUUAUCUGUGUGGUAGUCCUAGUGUUUCUAAUGAGAAAGUGACUUCAAGAAAUAUGCGACCAGUUUGUAAUAAAUGUGUCGGAAUGGAUGAUUCAAAAAAAUGUUAUGGUCAGAAACCAGCCAGAGAAAGUAAUGCUAAAAAAUCCUGUACCUAA